AUGGCUUAUAGAUGCAUUAAAGUUAUUCUUAUUAGAGAUACUGAUAACAGAUGCUCAUUUAGUGAAGAGCAGAUAGAGACUCUCUUAUCAGAUAAGAGAAAAGGAAAACUUAGCAUAGAGGAAAGGACAAAAUAUUGUGCUAAAAUCAGUAAUAUUAUGGAUAUUUUUAUCUAUCAUUUAGAUUUAAGUUCAAAAAAUAAUUAUAAAAAUGAAAUAGUUGUUAAUGAUUCAUGUCAGUUACAAUUUUAUAUAAAAUUAGCAGAAGAUAAGACUUCUUCAUCAUUUCAAACAAUAAAAAUGGAUUCAAUAUUAGCUGAAAUUGAUGCAAUUUUAGCUAAAAUUCAGAAAUAA